AUGUCAACCUCGGAUACCGAUACCAAUAGAGCUGAAAGCAAUGAUACCUCCAACCAACCAAGCAUUGAACCUAUCUACGGCAUACGCGAGUCCACACAGCACCAUGCAGAUAAUACCCGUCGCGUAGAUGCUACACAGCGCACAGAAAUCUACACUGAUAACCCGGGCCAUGCGAGUCGUCUUACAGACGAGGAACGGCAGAGACUAGAGGAACUCGCAGGAGACUCGAGCGGGGGUGCGAUCUUCGUUACGUAUGAUCUAGUGCACAGAAUAGAUACGCGCAUGGCGGAUGGGACCCGUCGCACGGAUGAGGCUUUGAUGCAGUACUUGUUUCAGGAUGAUAUAUGGGAGGCUGUUGAUAGUGGUGAUACCAAUGGCACAGAAACACGAAGGGAGAAUAGAAACGGGAAUGGCAAUGGAAGACAAGAUGACAGCGAAUUGAAGCUGCCGAAUGGAACUGGGGAGAGUCAUGAAGAGGGACUGAAGCAACAGAGGGACGGUUAA